AGAGAUCACAACCUUCUGCUACACCACAGCCAGAGAGGAGGGAAGAUUCAACUCUGAACUAAAGGACUCAAAUUCAGCUCCCGCAGAGACAACAGAACCCCUUUUAGACUGCAGAUAUUUUUGUUUCUGCUCUACUUAAUAGCAAGAUGGCCAGUCUGUCAGAAAAAGCUCUCUUUGUCUUCUUUACAGCACAGGUGUUAACACUAGCCUGGUCCCAGGUGUGUCCUCGGAGAUGCCAGUGCCCUGAGGAGCCCCCCAUGUGUCUUCCCGGGGUGCCUCUGAUCCUGGAUGACUGUGCCUGCUGCCUGGUGUGUGCCCGUCAGAAAGGGCAGGUGUGCUCUGAAAUGAACCCCUGUGACACACGUAAAGGGCUGCAGUGUGAAUACUCUACUGACAUCCACAAGAGGACUGGCAUCUGUGGUGCUCAUGGUGGGGAUGUGUGUGUUUUGGACGGUUCUGUCUAUCAGAAUGGCCAGACCUUCUUCCCCAGUUGUAAGUACCAGUGUAUGUGCCGCGAUGGGCAGAUUGGCUGUGUGCCACGCUGCAACGUGGAUGUAAUGCUGCCCGGGCCAGACUGCCCAAUGCCACGCCGGGUCCAGGUCCCUGGAGAGUGCUGCGAGAAGUGGGUGUGUGAGCCACAGGCUGAAGCAAGCGCGCUGGGCGGCUUUGCUAUGGCAGCCUAUCGUCAGGAGGAAACAGUGAGCUUUGAUGGUUGGGACCGCAGUCUGAACUGUAUCGAGCAGACCACAGAGUGGGGCGCCUGCUCUCAAAGCUGUGGUAUGGGGUUGUCCACCAGAGUGACCAAUAAGAACCGUCGGUGUGAGAUGGUGAAGCAGAGCCGACUGUGUAUGAUCAGACACUGUGACAACCAGCAGGACCAGACACAGCUGAUGCAGCUUGCACCAAAGAAAGGCAGUAAGUGUCAGAGGAUGGCGAGAAGUGAAACAGCCGUCCAUCUCACCUAUAAGAACUGCACCAGCGUCCAGGCCUACAAGCCUCGCUACUGUGGCUCCUGCAUAGACGGCCGAUGCUGUACCCCCCACAGAACAAAGACCGUCAUGGUGGAGUUCCAGUGUGCCAAGGGUAAAACCACUAGAAGGCCAGUGAUGGUAAUCCUGACCUGUGCCUGCCACAGCCACUGCCCCCAAGACAACGCUGUGUGGCAGUCAUCAGAGAUGGGAUACAGCGGCAUGAGGUUAUAGGUCAUAAUGUCACUCUCAGAUGAGCUUAUAAUGAGCACUAAAGUCAAGACUGUAUCUGAUGACUGUGUUUGUAAAUCCAGGAAUUUAGAGUUGUAUUAACUCUAAGUUUUAAGUUGAAACAAGACUGUCCAUAAUAUAUACAGUACAAUAGUCAUAAAAUGUACAAUUUAUAGGUCUAUAACUUGCAACAUAUCCACAUUUAAUAAGAAUAUAUCUGUUUAUUAUGGGCAUAAUCUUACUUGUAUUCAUAAAAUGAGAAACCUCUUUUGGAGAAUGAAAUGGCUCUGUAGCUCUCUCCUGGUGAGGGAUUUAAUUGUGUAACAUCCUGUGGACAAAGUGUCAUCUUCACUAUUGUUAAGUAGAAUCAAAGCACUUAAACCCUGUGAUAUAUUGAUUCUCUCCACUUGUGGAGCUUAGGUAGAAUAUACUAACAACCAUUCACAACAGAUUUUAAGUUGUUAGCAGUUGUGAAGAUUGUGAAGGUUAAUUUAAAACAGCCUCGAUUCAAGAGGUCUAAUACAGUCACAGGGUAGUGCAGGCAUACAGGAGUGUCAUGGUGGUUUGAUGCCUUCCAACCAGAUGGUUUGGCUGACAAUUGGUUUUGCCAAUCAGGAAUGAUUUAGAGUUUGGUCUUUAGACAAAGAACAUGUAACCACAGUGUGCUUUGUUCAGCUUAAAUUAUGUAUGUCCUCUUUCAGAAUAAAGUAAAAACACCUACAGUAACGUACUGUACAGAUACUUGCCACCUUAAUCCAUCUUAAGAGACGUAGAAUAAUGUAAUCCUAUUGUUUUCCUGUUGAUAAAAUAGAAAGAGCAGCAAAGGGGACAUAAAGGAUGAGCUUGUUACCUUUUAGUGGCACUGUCAUGGUAUUUUUUUAAAAUAUGGGACACAUUUUUGAAAUAACUGGACUGUGUACUUUGACCUGAUCCAAACUAAAGGUUGAAUUCAAGGUCACUGUGGUGACUUAGUGUCAUUUCUAACAUCUGCCUGAAAUGUUACCCCUGCUAUAAAAUGCAUAAUGUCUAUGUUCCCAUCAAUAAAUGUU